GCCCUGGGCAAGAUGGCGGCGCCCAGCUACCGCGCGCUGGGCUUCUUGAUCCGGGGCCCCGGCCCGCUUUGGAGGAGUCUCUUCACUCUCUUCUCAAAGCCACUUUGCUCCAGCGCCGCUGCAUCCAGGCCCUUGGAUGCCCAGAGAUUAGCGGAGAAACUCCGAGCCCAGAAAAGGGAGGAAAAGACAAAGAAGCAGCCGGUGCCCACAAACCCUGUUCAGCGGAGGGUGCGAGAACUAGUGCGGUUCACCCAGCAGCUGCAACGCGUGCACCCCAACGUCCUUGCUAAGGCGCUGAGCCGAGGGAUUCUCCACCAGGACAAGGACCUCGUGGUCAUCAGUAAGCCCUAUGGUGUCCCUGUCCAUGGUGGCCCCGGAGUCCAGCUCUGCAUCAGUGAAGUAUUGCCCAUCCUGGCCAAGAUGCUUCAUGGCCACAAGGCGGAGCCCUUGCAUCUGUGCCACCGGCUAGACAAGGAAACCACAGGUGUAAUGGUGCUGGCUUGGGAGAAGGAAGUGGCACAUCAAGUCCAAGAGUUGUUUAGAACCCGUCAAGUGACAAAGAAGUACUGGGCUGUCACUGUACGCGUCCCAGUGCCCUCGGCAGGUGUUGUGGAUAUCCCCAUCAUUGAGAAGGAGGUGCAGGGGCAACAGCAGCACCACAAGAUGACAUUAGCCCCGAGGUACCGCAUGGACAACGGGAAAAUGGUGAAAGUGCGGACCAGCCAGAAUGCCCAGGUUGCUGUAACUCGGUACCAGGUGCUUAGCAGCACUGUGUCCUCUGCGCUCUUGGAGCUCCAGCCUGUGACCGGCAUAAAACACCAGCUUCGAGUUCACCUGUCUUUUGGGUUGGAUUGUCCAGUCCUUGGUGAUCACAAGUACUCAGACUGGAAUAGGUUAGCUCCUCAGAAGCUUCCUGGUGGCACCCUAAAGAAACUGGGGCUGCAGCAAUCAAAGACUCGCUACAUCCCUCUGCACCUGCACGCCCGGCAGCUGAUCCUGCCUCCCCUGGGGUUCAGGAAGGAGGAACUCCAGUUGGUCUGCAGGCUUCCUCGAUUCUUUGUACAUUCCCUACGCCGUCUGGGUUUAGGAAUGCCAAAUCAAGAAGAAAAUGGACACAACGAAGCCAGGCCGCUGGAAGCACAGUGAAAACAUUGAGCAGUUUGGCCCCUGCACUCUUUGCUUUGUUUCAUGGACAUUUCUAAUGCCUCACUGGGAACAGACUCCAGGAGAGCCAGGUGGGAUAAGUUGAAGAAACCCAGCUGCUUCUGGGCUUUUAAUGGAGAAUAAUGUCUAUUUACUGAGAGUUUGGCCACCCUGUAGGAAAGCUGGCUGGCAGUGUCCCCACCACACAGUCUCCUUGCCAAGAUGGAAGUGAGCCCAGGAGGAGGCAUAUGGGGGCAAUAGUUGGAAAAGGAGAUUUAAAGGAUAAACUCUGUGGUCAGAGACUUUUCAUCCAACAGGAAAGCUUUUGAUCUGUCAAGAGGAUGCCCAUAGUUGGAAGGACCAUAGCAGUUAAACACAGAUCAUGGAAUCCUUUCCAUAGGAAAAACUUAGUAUGUGCAAACCAUACCUGUGGUUUUAGGCAUCUGUUGAGGGUCUUAGAAUGUAUCCCCUUUGGUAAGAGUAGGCCUGGUAAGAGUAACAGACCUUUCUCAGCCUUCCCUAUUUUUAUGCUAUUACCAUGAAUUUAAAACAACAAAUGAGAUGACGCUAUUUGUUUAUGUAAGACCUAAGUAUUUUGGCUGUUUUUUGUGUCUCCAAUAAACCAAGCUUGAGACAAGAACGUUA